AUGGAUGCAAAAGUUGGUUUAGAAAAUGAAGGGCUUGAACACAUCAUGGGUGUUCACAGCAUUGGGAAUACAAAUGUAAGUGGUGAAUUACUAGACAUGACCGCUGAAUAUGACCUAGUUAUUGGAGGCAGGCCAGGAUCGACACUGCCCGGGAAUUUCAGUAGUUUGGCCUUGGAAAAAGCAAAAGUGCUCACUGUGAAAGAGAAAAAACAUGAAUUUAAGUUACCUGAAGUUCCAAACAUAUUCAUCAAGGAAAAGCAGUCAGGACCUACUGAAUGUUGCCGACUGCGGGCCCGAGCACCGUUAAAAGAUUGUGCAGCACGACGGCGCUGGGCAGCAAGAACUCAGUUCGAGGAGCACGCACAGCGAAGCAAUUGCCCUGCACAACUCCAGUUCAUACAGCACAGUGAUAGUGCUGCUGUGGAUCCUGAGCUGAACUCGUGGAACAUGGUCAAUGGGUUAAAAUACCAUGUGUGAAGAAUAUUUGUACUUGUCUGACAGGGUGAGCACCGCAACACCUAUUCUACAGAAGACAGAUAAUUCUUGUCUGUUCAAUUCCAAAGAGCUGCGACUAUUUUGUUACUGACAGUGUACUGUGAAACAAUAACUUUCCCAGCUUAAGUUAGCAAUUGAUGGCACAUCACAAU